AUGAGCGAAUCCUAUGAAUAUAUCAUCUGCGGCGGUGGUACUGUGGGAUGUGUUCUCGCGUGUCGGCUCUCUCAUGCCGGCCACAGUGUCCUAGUUGUCGAGGCUGGGCCAGAGGACUAUAACGAGCAAAUCAUGAGUCCUGUCGCUGCUCCACACCUGCACGGCACUCAAUUCGAAUACAACAUGAUGACGGUCAAGCAGCCAGGACUGGGAAAUCGUUCUGUUCCUAACCACGGAGGCAAACUUCUAUCCGGAUCUAGUGGCGUUAACUACGGUCUCUGGACACGCGGCCACUCAGUCGACUAUGACGCCUGGGCUGAGUUAGUCGGGGACAAUCGAUGGAGCUAUGAAAACAUGCUCAAGUACUUCAAAGCGACACAGACUCACCACGAUCCUAAUGGUAGUCCAGAGAAGUAUGGGUUUAGUGGCCCGAUCGCGACAACAGCUGCUGCUCGAAAAUACCCGCUUCGUGAAACCAUCCGCGAGGCAAUGCUGGCGGCCGGUCUGGAGUAUAACCCAGAUACAAACGGUGGCAGUCCCUUCGGCUUUGGCCCAUUCACAGAAAACUGGAAAGAUGCCCAGCGUCAACCAGCCAGCAAGGCGUACGACCUUUCAAAGGCUACCGUUUUGACAAACAGGGCGAUCGCUCGUAUUGAGUUCCAUGAAUCUAAGACGGCUACUGGUAUUGUUCUAUCCGAUGGAACGAAAUAUACAGCAACGAAGGAAGUUCUUGUCACAUGUGGUGCUCUCAAGACGCCUCAAUUGCUGAUGCUGUCUGGCAUUGGUCCCCGGUCGCACCUUGCGGAGCAUGAUAUUCCAACUAUCGCAGAUAUUCCCGUCGGAGAGAACUAUCACGAUAAAAUCUCAGCCACGUUCUUCUGGAAACUCAAGAACCCCGAGAACGGGUACGCACUAGGCUCUCCAGCUUUUAAUAAGCCCGAGUUUCGGCAUGGCAAUCCUAUGGAAUGGGUUGCGACAUUCCCUACUCCGCACGAGGAACUUGUCAAGGCCGCAGAGGUAGAUAAGCUCGAUCUAAAGGAUCCAUACCUCCAGGAACCCCGAGGCAAUGUCGAGGUGAUGAUAGCCUACGCACCAAUCGCUGGCGGGGGCUCCGAGUUCCGAGUUCCAAUUGACGGAAAGCACAUCAGUAGCCCUGUGGUGCUUCUCCUACCGACCAGUCGAGGCAAUAUUACGCUGGCUAGCACUGAUCCUAUGGCUGACCCGGUACUGAACCCGGACUAUCUCGGCACAGAGACAGAUCGUGCUGCGAUGCGUGCUGGCAUGCGGCUCGCUCUGCGGAUAAUGGAGGCUGACGUUGUGAGGGGUGUCGUCGAGGGCGAGACUCCGCCACCGGGUUACGAGCCACUUACUAGUGCAUGCAGUGAUUCGGACCUAGACCGGCGGAUGCAGAUUGUGGGGAGUAGCUUUUUCCAGAAUGGAGGCACGGCCGCCAUGGGUACAGUGGUUGACACCCAAUGCCGGGUGAAGGGCGUCCAAAAUCUGCGCGUUUGCGAUGCUAGUGUUCUUCCUGUGCCAGUGGCGGGUCAUUACCAGGCCCCGAUGUAUGCCUUUGGAGAAGCAGUGGCAGAUAUGCUGCUUGGACAGUAG